CGCAUUGAAUUUGUUGUCGACUGCGGAUUCAAGAUGGGUCGUUACGCGAAGGAACCUGACAAUGCUUCUAAAUCCUGCAAGUCGCGUGGAUCGAACCUCCGGGUUCAUUUCAAGAAUACACGCGAAACGGCACUAGCCAUCAAGCGUAUGCCUCUCCGUCGUGCCCAACGUUUCCUGAAGAACGUUAUCGAUAAGAAGGAGUGUGUACCGUUCCGUCGCUUCAACGGUGGUGUUGGCCGUUGUGCACAGGCAAAGCACUGGGGCACGUCGGUCGGUCGUUGGCCGAAGAAAUCCGCCGAGUUCCUGCUGCAGCUGCUCAAGAACGCCGAGGCUAAUGCCGACUAUAAGGGUUUGGACGUGGACCGGCUAGUGAUUAAUCAUAUUCAGGUUAACCGCGCGCCUUGCCUGCGCCGUCGUACGUACCGUGCUCACGGUCGCAUCAACCCGUACAUGUCGUCGCCGUGCCACAUCGAGCUGUCGCUGACGGAGAAGGAGGAUGUCGUGACCAAGGCUACUGAUGAGUCGGAACAAGCGAAGAAAAAGCUUUCAAAGAAGAAGCUGCAGCGGCAAAAGGAAAAGAUGAUGCGCAAUGAAUAAGAACCGGAUGGUGGGGAAGGAAUCCUUUAACUAUUCUUUCGUUGUGCAAAUUGUUCUUUAAGGUGGCGAAUAAAACCGUCAACAAAAACCCCGAAAAGAGGAAAGUGGAGAGUGGUGAGAAA